AUGAUGUCCGUGAUUGGCGCGCUGCCUUUCAUCAAACCAAUGCUGCCAGGACCGUCCGUCUCCCCGGGCAUCCAGAGGAGACACACUCUGCCCGCGAGUGAAUUCAGACCUCUGAACACGCAGGACGCCAUCAGCGUGUUCGAAAUCGAGCGAGAAGCGUUCAUUUCAGUGUCAGGUGAGUGUCCCCUUCACCUGGAUGAGGUUCGUCACUUCCUCACGCUGUGUCCAGAACUUUCUAUGGGCUGGAUCGAGGAGGGGAGGCUGGUGGCGUUUAUCAUCGGCUCUCUGUGGGACCAGGACAGACUCACCACAGAAGCCCUGACUCUCCACAAGCCUCGUGGCUCCACCGUCCACAUCCACGUUCUGGCCGUCCACCGCACCUUCCGUCAGCAGGGCAAAGGUCCCAUCCUGAUGUGGCGCUACCUCCAGUACCUGCGCUGCUUCCCAAACGUGCGCCGAGCUGUCCUGAUGUGCGAGGAGUUCCUCAUCCCCUUCUACCGUAAAUCCGGCUUCAAGGUGCUGGGCCACUGCGCCAUCACCGUGGGUCACCUGACCUUCACAGAGAUGUGGUACCCAAUCAGCGGACACGCCUACAUGCGGCGUAACAGCGAGGCCACCCAGUUCCCGGAGCAUCCUCUGCCACUGACUCUGCCGCUCUCAAAGACUGAUGAACACACAGACGUAUGA